AUGUUCCAGUAUGUGGCACCACUCCACUCAUCAUUGUUUAUCUCUGUUUCAGUGUGUGGGACCACUUCAUUCAACAACAAAAUAGUGGGGGGUGAGGAUGCCCCUGCAGGAAGUUGGCCCUGGCAAGCUAGCCUACACCUAUUUGGCGACCAUGUUUGUGGCGGGUCCCUCAUCAACAAGGAGUGGGUGAUGUCUGCAGCCCACUGCUUCUCUAGGUGAGUUAGCGUGAGAUACAGGGGACGUAAAGGUUGUAGCUCAAGGAAUAUGUCAAACUCUCUGUAAUGCAGCUGAGUGCACCUCUUACUUGAAAGAAGUUUCUCCAAAAUGUACUUUCGUUUCAUGGGAAUCUUAUAUUUUGUCCAAUUCUCAUAUGAUGCAAAAAAUAUAUUAUCUUCCCAUUCCAACAAAGCUCAAGCCCAAAUGGUUGGAACAUCAUCUUGGGUCGACAGAACCAGGAGGGCAGUAACCCCAACGAAGUGUCCAGAACUGUGGCUCAGAUCGUGUUACAUCCAGUUUACAACAAUGACAACAAUGACAACGACAUCGCUCUGCUCAGACUCACCUCACCAGUCAGCUUCACAAACUAUAUCAGACCCGUCUGUCUGGCAGCAAGUGACAGUUUUUACCACAAUGGCACUGAUAGCUGGGUCACUGGCUGGGGCAACAUCAACGAAGGAAGUGAGGAGACCUUCAUGGAGAUGUCAAUGACAUAUUGUGUUGUGAGAAAUAGCAGUACAUUGCAGACUAAAAAACAUAAUUUUUCCACUGAAAAUGGAAUGUUCAUCAUGAGUCUGUCUCUCAUCCUCUCCCUCAGAAUUCCUCCCCUCCCCUCAGGCUCUGCAGGAAGUGGAGGUUCCAGUUCUGGGUAAUAGACAGUGUAACUGCCUCAAUGGGGUCGGCUCAGUCACAGACAACAUGCUCUGUGCUGGUGUGCUGACAGGGGGCAAGGACUCAUGUCAGGUAGAGUCCAUGAUAACCCAUUUCAUUAUUGCCCUGUUCCUAAACUAUUCUUUGUUUUUUAAUGGAUUGGAAGACUUACCUUGCUCCAUCAUUUCAGGGUGACUCUGGAGGUCCAAUGGUGACUAAACAGAACUCUGUCUGGAUCCAGGCUGGGGUUGUUAGUUGGGGUUUUGGCUGCGCUCGGCCCAAUCUCCCUGGGGUAUACACCAGAGUGUCUCGCUACCAGCCCUGGAUCAACUCCGAGAUCACUACUGACAAGCCAGGCUUUGUCCAAUUUACCUCCAGUGGGGUAGAUACUGACAGCAGUUAUACCUGUCCUGGCCUACCCCCUCCUGCUACAACUGUCCCACCAUCUACUGGUCCUGCUACAAAUGUACCAGUCAAAACAACUAAAGCACCAGAUAUCACUGUCAUUUCAAGUGCAGAAGGUGAGUUUUUUAUUACAUUUUAAGUUCAUCAUCGACAAGCCAGGCUUUGUCCAGUUUACCUCCAGUGGGUUAGAUGUGGACAGCAGAUAUACCUGUCCUGGCUUGCCACCAACCAUGAUCACAACCGGAAGUACAUUCACCACUGCUGCACAUGAGUUUCCUACCUAUGUUGCUACACUCUUAGAAAAAGGUUCCAAAAGGGUUCUUCGGCUGUCCCCAUAGGAGAACCCUUUUGGGUUCCAGGUAGAACCCUUUUAUGUUCCAUGUAGAACCCUCUGUGGAAAGGGUUCUACAUGGAACCCAAAAUAGUUCCAUCAAAGGGUUCUCCUAUGGGGACAGCCGAUAAACCCUUUUAGGUUCUAGAUAGAGUGGGGGAAAAAAGUAUUUAGUCAGCCACCAAUUGUGCAAGUUCUCCCACUUAAAAAAGAUGAGAGAGGCCUGUAAUUUUCAUCAUAGGUACACGUCAACUAUGAUAGACAAAUUGAGAGAGAAAAAAAUCCAGAAAAUCACAUUGUAGGAUUUUAAAUGAUUUUAUUUGCAAAUUAUGGUGGAAAAUAAGUAUUUGGUCACCUACAAACAAGCAAGAUUUCUGGCUCUCACAGACCUGUAACUUCUUCUUUAAGAGGCUCCUCUGUCCUCCACUCGUUACCUGUAUUAAUGGCACCUGUUUGAACUUGUUAUCAGUAUAAAAGACACCUGUCCACAACCUCAAACAGUCACACUCCAAACUCCACUAUGGCCUCCAAACUCCACUAUGGCCAAGACCAAAGAGCUGUCAAAGGACACCAGAAACAAAAUUGUAGACCUGCACCAGGCUGGGAAGACUGAAUCUGCAAUAGGUAAGCAGCUUGGUUUGAAGAAAUCAACUGUGGGAGCAAUUAUUAUGAAAUGGAAGACAUACAAGACCACUGAUAAUCUCCCUCGAUCUGGGGCUCCACGCAAGAUCUCACCCCGUGGUGAUCACAAGAACGGUGAGCAAAAAUCCCAGAACCACACGGGGGGACCUAGUGAAUGACCUGCAGAGAGCUGGGACCAAAGUAACAAAGCCUACCAUCAGUAACACACUACGCCGCCAGGGACUCAAAUCCUGCAGUGCCAGACGUGUCUCCCUGCUUAAGCCUGUACAUGUCCAGGCCCAUCUGAAGUUUGCUAGAGUGCAUUUGGAUGAUCCAGAAGAGGAUUGGGAGAAUGUCAUAUGGUCAGAUGAAACCAAAAUAGAACUUUUUGGUAAAAACUAAACUCGUCGUGUUUGGAAGACAAAGAAUGCUGAGUUGCAUCCAAAGAACACAUUUACAUUUACAUUUACGUCAUUUAGCAGACGCUCUUAUCCAGAGCGACUUACAAAUAGGUGCAUUCACCUUAUAGCCAGUGGGAUAACCACAUUACAAAUGUAUUUUUUUAUUUUAUUUUUUUAUUAUUAUUAUUAUUAUUAUUAUUAUAUUUUUGGGGGGGAGGGUGGGUUGGAGUAAAGGGGGGGGGGGGGGGGGGGGGGGGUAGAAGGAUUACUUUAUCCUAUCCCAGGUAUUCCUUAAAGAGGUGGGGUUUCAAAUGUCUCCGGAAGGUGGUGAGUGACUCCGCUGUCCUGGCGUCGUGAGGGAGCUUGUUCCACCAUUGGGGUGCCAGAGCAGCGAACAGUUUUGACUGGGCUGAGCGGGAACUAUGCUUCCGCAGAGGUAGGGGAGCCAGCAGGCCAGAGGUGGAUGAACGCAGUGCCCUCGAUUGGGUGUAGGGACUGAUCAGAGCCUGAAGGUACGGAGGUGCCGUUCCCCUCACAGCUCCGUAGGCAAGCACCAUGGACUUGUAGCAGAUGCGAGCUUCAACUGGAAGCCAGUGGAGUGUGCGGAGGAGCGGGGUGACGUGAGAGAACUUGGGAAGGUUGAGCACCAGACAGGCUGCGGCAUUCUGGAUGAGUUGUAGGGGUUUAAUGGCACAGGCAGGGAGCCCAGCCAACAGCGAGUUGCAGUAAUCCAGACGGGAGAUGACAAGUGCCUGGAUUAGGACCUGUGCCGCUUCCUGUGUAAGGCAGGGUCGUACUCUCCGAAUGUUGUAGAGCAUGAACCUACAGGAUCGGGUCACCGCCUUGAUGUUAGCGGAGAACGACAGGGUGUUGUCCAGGGUCACGCCAAGGCUCUUCUCACUCUGGGAGGAGGACACAACGGAGUUGUCAACCGUGAUGGCGAGAUCAUGGAACGGGCAGUCCUUCCCCGGGAGGAAGAGCAGCUCCGUCUUGCCGAGGUUCAGCUUGAGGUGGUGAUCCGUCAUCCAUACUGAUAUGUCUGCCAGACAUGCAGAGAUGCGAUUCGCCACCUGGUUAUCAGAAGGGGGAAAGGAGAAGAUUAGUUGUGUGUCGUCAGCGUAGCAAUGAUAGGAGAGGCCAUGUGAGGAUAUGACAGAGCCAAAUGACUUGGUGUAUAGCGAGAAUAGGAGAGGGCCUAGAACUGAGCCCUGGGGGACACCAGUGGUGAGAGCACGUGGUGCGGAGACAGCUUCUUGCCACGCCACUUGGUAGGAGCGACCGGUCAGGUAGGACGCAAUCCGAGAGUGAGCCGCGCCGGAGAUGCCCAGCUCGGAGAGGGUGGAGAGGAGGAUCUGAUGGUUCACAGUAUCAAAGGCAGCAGACAGGUCUAGAAGGACAAGAGCAGAGGAGAGAGAGUUAGCUUUAGCAGUGCGGAGAGCCUCUGUGACACAGAGAAGAGCAGUCUCAGUUGAAUGACCAAUCUUGAAACCUGACUGGUUUGGAUCAAGAAGGUCAUUCUGAGAGAGAUAGCAAGAGAGUUAGCUAAAGACGGCACGCUCAAUAGUUUUGGAGAGAAAAGAAAGAAGGGAUACUGGUCUCUAGUUGUUGACAUCAGAGGGAUCGAGUGUUGGUUUUUUGAGAAGGGGUGCAACUCUCGCUCUCUUGAAGACGGAAGGGACAUAGCCAGCGGUCAAGGAUGAGUUGAUCAGCGAGGUGAGGUAAGGGAGAAGGUCACCGGAGAUGGUCUGGAGAAGAGAGGAGGGGAUAGGGUCAAGCGGGCAGGUUGUUGGGCGGCCUGCCGUCACAAGUCGCAAGAUUUUAUCUGGAGAGAGAGGGGAGAAAGAAGUCAAAGCAUAGGGUAGGGCAGUGUGAGCAGGACCAGCAGUGUCAUUUGACACUGGAAUUUAGAGUGGUAGAAAGUGGCCUUAGCAGCAGAAACAGAUUAAGAAAAUGUAGAGAGGAGGGAGUGAAAAGAUGCCAGGUCUGCAGGGAGUCUAGUUUUCUUCCAUUUCCACUCAGAACACCAUACCUACUGUGAAGCAUGGGGGUGGAAACAUCAUGCUUUGGGGCAGUUUUUCUGCAAAGGGACCAGGACGACUGAUCCGUGUAAAGGAAAGAAUGAAUGGGGUCAUGUAUCGUGAGAUUUUGAGUGAAAACCUCCUUCCAUCAGCAAGGGCAUUGAAGAUGAAACGUGGCUGGGUCUUUCAGCAUGACAAUGAUCCCAAACACACCGCCCGGGCAACGAAGGAGUGGCUUCGUAAGAAGCAUUUCAAGGUCCUGGAGUGGCCUAGCCAGUCUCCAGAUCUCAACCCCAUAGAAAAUCUUUGGAGGGAGUUGAAAGUCUGUGUUGCCCAGCGACAGCCCCAAAACAUCACUGCUCUAGAGGAGAUCUGCAUGGAGGAAUGGGCCAAAACACCAGCAACAGUGUGUGAAAACCUUGUGAAGACUUACAGAAAACGUUUGACCUGUGUCAUUGCCAACAAAGGGUAUAUAACAAAAUAUUGAGAAACUUUUGUUAUUGACCAAAUACUUAUUUUCCACCAUAAUUUGCAAAUAAAUUCAUAAAAAAUCCUACAAUGUGAUUUUCUGGAAAAAAAAUUCUCAUUUUGUCUGUCAUAGUUGACGUGUACCUAUGAUGAAAAUAACAGGCCUCUCUCAUCUUUUUAAGUCGGAGAACUUGCACAAUUGGUGGCUGACUAAAUACUUUUUUUCCCCACCGUAGCACCUUUUCUUCCAUGUGUGUAGUGUCUUAACUUUUAUUUUUUAUUUGCUGACCUGUGAAAGAAUACGACACUAUUUUGUAUUAAUUACUUACUGUUUUCUUAUUUUCCUUUUAGGGCGAGUAUGUGGCCGUGCCCCUAAGAGUCCCCGUCUAGGGGGCAACAGUUAUAACGUUGUGAGGGGAACCUGGCCCUGGAUGGUCAGUCUAUACAGAAAUGGGAUCCAUAUUUGCGGUGGCACUCUUAUCACAGAGGAAUUCGUACUUAGUGCUGCACAAUGCUUCCCCGGGUAAAUUAAUCUUGCACUGAGCUUUACAGAGAACAGUUGGAUAACACUUUCUAUGAACCCAUAUCUGUAAUGCAUUUUAAACAAACAUAAUUAGUCAUAAUCCAGUCAUAAUGCAGUAUAUGUGUACAUGCAUUGUAAUCAACAUUGAAUAGAAAGAUUGGCCAGUAAAAUCUAUUUUAUUCAAAGACCAUAUCUGCUUUUCUGUUCCUGUAGUUCACAUUUAAAUCCCGACGACUGGACUGUGUUUCUGGGAGAGCAACAGCAGAAAGGAUCUGAUGUCUGCGAGGUUUCAUUGGGCAUUGUGAACAUCACUCUGACCAACCACACUGGGACUAACAUUGCGCUGCUGCAGCUGGAGAACUUCGUAAACUUCAGCAGCUGCAUUCAGCCUAUAUCUGUAGACUGGAGCAACGAUGGAAGCUUCCCACCUGGGACUCAGUGCUUUGUGACAGGCUGGGGAAACCAGGACAAGGGCAGGGGUAAGAAACUGUGUUUGUUGGCAAGAUGCUGGAAGGUCAUUCAAUGUUCAAGUAAUGGAUGCACAUGAUUCAAUCAUUCAUAAUUUCUUCAGGGAAAAUGAGAUGAUGAAAUCAGUUCAGAAAAUUAUUGUUUUUGUUCACCGUAUUAUUAGGACAUUUCAUUAUUAUUAGGACAUUCCUUGUUAGUUUAUUCUACCACAGGCAUGUGGUGGAAUAUUUCUAUGCAUGUAAUUUUUGUUAAAUUAUACAUACCAGUUGACCAUGCGUAUUAACUGAUGUUUUUAACCCAAUUAAAUGAAUCACUAUCCUAGUGAAUGGCACCACUGGGACAGGUAUACGAGAGCAGCAGGCUAAUGUGAUGAGCUGUGGCGACAUCUCCUCCACUGAGAACAUCUGCACUUCAGCGAUGAAUCUAGAGCAGGUAACAAAGGCUACAGCAAGGGCUACUUUACUUAAAGCAUCCAGGUAUAAUGCAUUAUGAUGCAGUUAUAAUACGACUUGUCAUGUAUGAUCUCUUUAUAAUGUCUUAUAAACAUCUCUUAAUGAUCAGGACAAAAUAACAGUCAGUUUGAGAGUUGUGAAUUUAAUGCAUAGAGAGGCAUUACAUACUGUAUAGGCCUUGUAAUAAGACAGUAUAAAGGCUCAUAAAUGCUUAUAACAAAUUAUAAAGCAUUACACUUGAAUGCUUUAAGUGUUACCCAUCCGUUUUCAUAUUUGUUUCUUCAAAACAGAAUGUACGGCGGAGAGUGCUAGGCAUUGCUGUGUGGUGUAGUAGACUGUGAAUGUGGGUGUAGGUCAGAAAUAUUCAUUCUCUGUUUAAGUGAUUGUCAUUAAUAUCCAAUUCUAUGUAUUUAUGUGUUGUUUUCUCUACAGGGAGAUGUAGGUGGCCCCCUGGUGUGUAAGUCUGGCCCGGCAUGGUUCCAGGCUGGAGUGAUAACAAUGAAUAAGGAUGAAAAUGGUACCAAUUUGCGAGCGACCGCGAUGCACAUUUUUGCCAAAACCUCCAGAUUCAGGUCCUUUUUUAAUAAGAUGAUCUGUGACUUACCCGCCCUGGAAACAACCACUGCCCCUAACAACACAGGAAAUGCAGCCCCCAGCUCCCUCUCUCUUUUGCGCUUAUUUUCUUUUUUUCUCCCCAUUCUCGCCAUGGUCUUGCUGUCAGGCUGGUAGUUCCUCAAUCUCUCUUGUUGGCAGUGUCUAUAAAAUAUAUCACUUUCUGCACCACAACCAGGGUAAUGAAAUGUGAUGUUUAUAUUUGUGGUACCAAAGAAAGGAACUGUACUAAUUCGACAAAUGUGUGAAUGUCAGGAAUAACCUUACUAUGAAACUAAUGAAGAUAACACUUUAUGAAUCAGUAAAACAUUGUUAUAACUAAUUUGUGGAAACUUUGAUGUGAUAUAAUGGUUUUCAAGCAAUUAACUGUUUAAAUAAUACUGAUUUAUAAACUACCUAUAACCCCUUUAUAAAGUAUACUUUAAUGUAAAGUUCCAAUGAAUGUUUAACAUAUCAGUUGCACGGCUGUAAUGUACACAAACAAAAUAAGUUGCCAUAUAUUCUGUUCUUUAACUAAUGUUGUCUGUUAAAUAUAAUAAUUGUAUAUUGUUAAAACGUUUAAACAAUCAACCUAAAUGUGAAAAUAAAUAUUUAUCAUGAAUGCAUAAAUAUAAAGAUGUUUUGCUUUUGUUGGCAGUU